AAAAUCUAUCCACACGGAACGAAAUGCCAAACGGGGUCCUCGUGAUAGGGACAAUGAGGUCCGAAAAACUUGUCUGAAUAUUGAUUCAAAGUAUGGAUUUCAUUCAUUAAGAGCACAUCGCUGCAGCUGUCUUGCUGCUAAGUGGAAAUGGGUUUGAAAGCAGCAGUUCCAUUCGUGGGGAUGGUAAUGGCAGAGUGUGCACAAGUUGGGCUAAUGAUUUUAAGCAAAGCAGCCAUGUCAGAUGGCAUGACCAAUUUCAUCUUUGUCCUUUACUCCAAUGCCCUCGCUUCCCUCAUUCUUCUCCCUUGUUCUUUCUUCCUUCACAGAUCAGAGAGACCUCCACUCACCUUCCCUAUUCUCUGUGGAUUCUUCUUGCUUGGUCUAUUUGGCUGGUUGGCGCAGAUAUUUGGGUAUGCGGGGAUUAACUUGAGCUCUGCUACACUUGGCACUGCCAUGCUCAACCUCAUUCCUGGUCUUACUUUCAUACUUGCCGUUGCUUUCAGGAUGGAGAAACUUGACUGGAGGAGCUCCAGUGCCUUAGUUAAAUCAACGGGAACAAUAGUAUCGGUUGCAGGGGCAUUCAUUGUCUGUUACUAUAAGGGCCCCCCACUUCUGAUGGCACCCUCUACUUCAAACUUGCCUCAUGAGCUUCUCUCGCAGCAGCAAAAUUGGAUUUUUGGAGGACUGCUCCUUGCAGUUGAUUGUGUUAUGGCUUCUGCAUGGCUAAUUAUACAGGCAUUGAUCCUUAAGAAAUAUCCAGCAGAGCUUAUUGUUGUCUUUUUUUACUGCUUCUCUGUGACCAUUCUGUCUACAAUAGUUUGUUUGUUUAUGGAGAGGGACCCUGGUGCUUGGAGUUUAAAACCUACUGUAAGAUGGAUUGCUGUUGUGUAUUCGGGAGUUUUCGGCUCUGCAUUCCAAGUUGGCGUUUCUACUUGGUGCCUGCAAAAGACGGGACCUGUUUUUGUUGCAAUGUUCAAGCCCUUGGGAAUUGUCAUCGCAGCCGCUGUUAGUAUCAUCUGCUUAAGGGAUACUUUGUAUCUUGGAAGUUUGGUCGGUGCAACUGUGAUUGUCAUCGGGUUUUAUUCGGUGAUGUGGGGAAAAGCCAAAGAAGAAAAGGUGGGAGUGGAUGAUGGGGUAAGGAGCUUUGAAUCAAGCAGCCAAAAGGUCCCGCUCCUGCAAAGCCAUACAGAAGAAACAUGGUAGUUUUGUACAGCAAAUGAAAGAAAGGAGGAGGAAGAAGUCCAGAAAAAAUAAUAUGUUAAAUGCAUGAACACGUCAGUUUCUGAUAAUGUAGAGAUGAGAGAUAUCAGCUUGUGGAAUGACCAAUGUAUUUAGACACUUGGGUCGUGAGCUCAGUAAGGUCAGCCCCUCCUUCAGUGGGAUGAUUAAUGUCGAGGAGGAGUAGAGCCGGAACCCAACAGCAAUGCACAGGGUAAGCUCACUUCCUAAAAAGGGAAAGAAAUUCAUCCUCGUGAAAUAUCUGUUGAAAAUCUCCACAUUUAUUGGAUUGUUAAUUAACAAUUAUGUAUUGUUCUCUCA